AUGCACACAGCAAACACAGUUGGCCUCAGCGGGCACAGCGAAUCAGCGAUCGGCACGCGGGGCAGCCGCCAACAACAACACCACCGCGGCGGCAGCGGCAUGGUGGGAGGUGGUGUUGGUGGAGGUGCUGGAGCCGGAAUAGCCGGGAUGGGCGCGAUGAACGCAAUGACCGGUACGGGCCCCUAUGGGCGGCGGUGGUGGUGGUGGCGUCGCGGCCGACGCAGCGGAGGAUACGGGCGGCACCACCAGCAGAGGAUGGGCGGUGGUCAAAUGGGGCCCGGAACGAACGGGGCAAUGUCACAAAUGGGAGCCGUCGGUGGUGGUGCCGCUGGCGGAACGAUCAACCCGCUAAGUCAGAUGAACCAGAUGUCGCCGAUGUCGAAGAUGCAGGACAUGGCCAACGAGUACGGGCCGGCACAGCACCCGCGGCGGAUGGCACCCUACCCGAACCCUCAGAUGCAGAUGGCCCACUAG